AUGGCUCUUGGGGACAGCAUUGUCACCCCGCUGUCACCUUUGUGCCACCAGGACCGUCACCCAAGUGUCACCCACGGCCCCAGCGGGCGCUGGGGUGGGGGAGGGGGGCACAUCUGGACGCACAUCUGGGGGAAAUCCAGCGGGGGGAGUCAAUGGUUGAUCCCUCUCCCCCUCACGGUCACAGUUGUCGACGGCGCCGCCCGCGGAGCCCGAGUCCCGCAGGGGGCGAGCUGCACCCUGGGGACACGCAGCCUUUGGGGACAGGCUGGCAGUGUCCCUGCUGUCACCCAGGACGAGCUGCACGUGCUGGAGAACCUGGAGCUGCCCAGCGCGGACCCGCGGUACCUGCAGGAGCUGGCACGGUGCCGGGGCUGGGGACACUCUGUGCUCGUCGUGGAUGUGCACGAGUUCCCGGAGAACAUCAGCGCGGCGGCCGAGGGGCUGAAAUCCGUCACCCUGAUCCCUGCCCUGGGGCUGAACGUGCACAGCCUGCUCAAGCACCGCACGCUGCUGCUGACCCCACUGUCCCCAAUGUCCCCACUGUCCCCAAUGUCCCCAGUGUGUCCCCACUGUCCAUAGAGUGUCCC